UGUCUAGACUCUAUAGUGAAAGCUGUUUUACAAUCAAAAUUCUGCAAUAUAAAAAUAUGUUUCAUAAAUGUUGACAUAUCCGGUUAAUUUGAAGUAUGUAACAGUUAUCAAAGGGUUAACGAGAUGUAUACAUUACUCCAAUAAAUAUUUUUAUUUACACUUUGGUCGAAUCAUUAGUAAUUUUAUAAUUUAUUAGCCACUUUUCUCUAUGGGUUUCAAGAGCUUUGCAACAAACACAGCCCAACAGAUAUAACGGAUCAGUUAACAAUGGGUGAACCAAAAGGAAAAGUUGAUAUUUUAGGCCUCGGCAUUUGAGAAUUCGAGUUCGGUCUAUUUAUUGGAUCUUCGGAUCAUGUUCAUAAAUCUCAUUUAAAUCCUUUAAUUUUCAUGUCAACCGGACAUGACGGAACCGAGAAGGUGUUCCAACUCUCAAGCCUUGUAUAUUGGCAACGACUAACGCCUCGUUGACAUCCAUCCCGCCUGCUGAGGAGAUUAAGCGAGCUCUCUUUGCCAUACAUCCGACAAAGUCCAGGCCCAUAUGGUUUCUAAGUCUGCUUCUCCUGUCUAACUGGUAAACAAUGGGUCCAGUAAUAGUGGUUGAAGUCCGAGGCUUCUUCUUAUUGGCCAUCUACAUUAUUAACAGCUAUAUUAUUAUUUUCAAAAUGAAUUUUACAUUCGAAGUUUCACAUUAAAAAUUUAAAUCAGCUAAAUUCGUUGUUACUCUUAAUGCAUUAUUAAAUUUGUUAAUAUAUAAUAUAAAAUUAACCAUAAAUUAAAAAGAAUUUCACUAAUUUGAUAAUUAUUAGUAUCUAAAAAAUAGUUUAGUUAUAUUGUGUUAUCGAAAAAAUAUUUUACAUCGAAAAAGUUUAGGAUAGGAAGAUAAAUACAUAUAUAGCUUUGUUUAUAGUUUUUUUUUAUAUAUAUAAAUGAGUGUUUUCAAGUUUACUUUAGGCAAUAAAGAUAAUUUUAUUAUUAUGAAAAACUUUGGAAUAUAUAAAAAUUAUCUUUAAUCUAUUACUAACUAUUUUUUCAAGCUUAUUUUAGAUGAUAAAGAGUAUUUAAAUUGUGAUGAAAUACUUUGUUAUAUAUAAGUAAUUUAUUAUCAAAUAUUAAAUGCAUGAACAAUGAUUUAUUAUAAUGGUUUUUAAAUUGAUAAUAUAUCUAUCUAUAAAUAUAUAUAAAAUUAUUAUGUUGUGGUAAAUUUUAUGUUUAUUAAUACAAAGUAAAUAUAUAUAUAUCUAUCUUUAAAAAUUAGUAAUACAAAGUUGUGGUAAAUUUUAUGUUUUUGAUUAAUUAAACAGGUUUAGAUUUGUUAAAGAGUUUUUUGUUAAAAGCAAAUAGAACAAAGAAUUAAAAGCAAAUUCUAAGUUUUUUUUUCCAGAAAGCGAACCAAAAUUUUAAUUCCGAGUAAGACCGAGGACCACCCCCUUCUCUUCCCUUUUUGGUGUCCAGCGUUCUACCUUAACGGUACACAAGACACACAUUUGCUUGCUUUCCCUCACUGCCUCCUCAAAAUCGAAGAGUGAACAUCUAAUCUCCUCCUAAAUCAUACUCUCUGUUUUCUUUCUACAGUCAGUACCGUCUCUCUGUUUCCUUCCCGUCUGACUUUGUUGUUCGGUUUUGUUCUUAGGAGUGUCAAGAACAUCAUGGGCUCUCUUCUCUUUCUCUUAAAGGAGAAGAAGGGAGUAUUGUGGAGAGGUUUGAAGGUAUCAGCAAUCUUUGGUCUUGGAUUCUGCACGCAUAAUGCUUUGACCAUUUAUCCAAAUGAGUUGAGUAAAAAAUCCCAAAAGGCGUUGGCUAAAGCGAAGUAUUUUGAAGAGGAGUAUAGGGCUAGGCUGGCUAGGGUGAAAGAACGCAGAAAAGAGUUGGACGAGAAUCUGCAGAUCUGCAGGGAUGGACUGGCAAAUGUGGAACAGCUUAAAAGAGAACUUGAAAAAGCUGAGAGGCCCGAACCUGUGGAAACGUGUUGUGAAUCUCAUGAAGAAUCUGUGUGGAGUUUCAUAUGAGCUAAAUGGAUCACAAGAAACGAUCUGAUUUGGUGCAGAACAGGAACCAAACUAAUUAAUUACUAAGUAGCUGAAGGCUGUGAUUGUCUCAUUAAUAUUAAACAUUGUAUUCACAACUCCGGUCAUGGUCUCAAAAUGUAUGCAAAGGGUUUUGGUA